AUGCAAGACUCCCUAAACUCAAGUUUAGACUCAAUAGAAUUAGAGAUGUACCACAAACCCAAUCCAAAGAUCAAAUCGAUUAUGGAGUAUCUAAGAAAAUCAAAUUUGUAAUUUUGCACGGAUCCAAAAAGAAAAUAAGAUGAUUAUUACUCAAACUUAACUGAACCCAUAGAUCAGUUUUCAUUGAGAAGGAAUAAAUUUGUAAAUAGAAAAAAAAAUGAAAUCUCAAUAGAUUGCCCAGCUCUUUGA